GUCAUCGUCUGUCAAACUUUUGCCUAUUUUCUGUCAAAACAAAUUCAUUUAUUGUUAAUAUCCAAAUUAAAAAAUAAAUAUUAGUUAAUUUACUGUCCAAAAUGGGUCUUUUUGGGAAAUCUCCUGAAAGAAAUCCUAAAGAAAUGGUAAACGAGUGGUCACAUAAAAUACGUAAAGAAGGAUAUAAUUUGGAUAGACAAAUUAGAAGUAUACAGAGAGAAGAGGAUAAAAUAAAGAGAUCUCUAAAAGAAGCUGCAGCUAAGAAUGACAAACAAGUGUGCACAAUACUGGCCAAAGAGAUUAUUCGAUCGCGGAAAGCCAUUAGUAAAAUAUAUACAACAAAAGCACAUCUCAAUUCUGUACAGAUGCAAAUGAAGAAUCAAUUAGCUACAUUAAGAGUGGCAGGGUCAUUGCAGAGGUCAACUGAGGUAAUGCAAGCGAUGCAAGCACUGAUCCGCCUCCCAGAAGUAGCGGCAACAAUGCAAGAGAUGAGCAAGGAGAUGAUGAAAGCUGGUAUCAUCGAGGAGAUGCUGGAUGAGACCAUGUCAGGCAUGGAGGAUGAAGAGGAAAUGGAGGAGGCGGCACAGAGUGAAGUUGAUAAGGUGCUAUGGGAGUUAACACAAGGCAAGUUGGGCGAGGCGCCGGCGCCUCCUACAGCCGUGGGUGCACCCUCCACCAGCAAGGAAGAGGACGUCGUGCCGGAGACCACUGAGAGUGAACUCGACGAGAUGGCCUCAAGAUUAGAGGCACUCAGGUCUUAAUACUACGGCGGUUGUGUUCAUAGAAAAGCACUAAGUGUCGGAGACAAGAUUAUAGAAGGCUGCCUACUCCAAGCCGUCACGGAUUGACAAUUGCCUUAGAACAAUGUAAAUAAUUGUUGAUUGUAUGUAUGUAAUUAUGUUUGUACGCCAGUACGAGAGAUUUACAAGUAAUAAUAAUUUUAUUGUAAUGUUUAUAGAGUUCAUUAUUCGCUGAGAGUUUUCAAAUAAUGAUCUGUUUG